CCGAUAACGCAGCACCGUUCAAACUCCGGCGUCAGUAUUCCGCGCGGACUAACGGCGCUGGCUAGAGUUUUCAGCGGGUUGUCGGUCAAAACGCAGAGCGAUGAGUCGCCCGAGGAGAUACGUGGGCCACUUGGUCUUAACCUUUUGUUCGAUUCCGCCGAACCAUUGGCUGAUCUUAUCUUCGUACAUGGCCUUGGAGGAGGUUCACGCAAGACUUGGGUGAAAAACAAUGACCCUCAGAUGUAUUGGCCGAGAGAAUGGCUUUCGCGGGAUCCGGAGUUCAAGCAUGUUCGCGUUCAUACCUUUGGGUACCAUGCAGAUUGGACGGAGCGUCGAGAGUCGGUUCUUAACAUACAUGACUUUGCUAACUCGUUACUUGCACAUUUACAAGCGUCGUCGAUAAUUAGACGGGGUAAACAGGCCUUUAUCCUUUCCCAACAUGACGAAAAUUUUCAGGCGCUUGGCAGGAGAUUUGACACCAUCUACUUUCUUGCUACUCCACAUCACGGCGCCAGCUCAGCCCAGUUUCUCCGUACUCUACUCAAGGCCACUCACGCUGGAGACCGACCCUUCGUCUCCGAUCUCAAGCUCGAAUCGCCGGCUAUCCAGGCCAUUAAUGAUGAGUUUCGGCAUUACUCCGACCAAGUAAAGCUUUAUUCAUUCUUCGAGGCAAUGCCGACGUCCAUUAGUGGAUUUGGCAGCGUUUUCAUUGUGACCAAGAACUCGGCCAUCAUGCAGCUACCUAAUGAACGAACCAGCCCAAUCCAAGCCGAUCAUCGUGGUGUUUGUAAAUACAAGUCGCCUUCUGAUCCAAAUUACAUAAUUGUCAGGGAUUCCAUAGUUGAAGCCCUCGAUAGGAUCACUGAGACAUGGCUUGUCUCAAAUGAUAUCACAAUAAAAGCUCAGAAACGUCAACUCCGAGGCUUCUUGCACAUUUCAGAUGAACUGAGAGAGUGCCCUGUUGACUUCGACGAGCCAAGAAUUGAAGGAUCCUGUGAAUGGCUUAGUAAAGUCCGCACCUUCAGACGAUGGUGUGACGCUUCAGACCCAAGGAUAUUUCUGCUUUUUGGUAAUCCAGGUACCGGAAAAUCCUUCCUUGCGAAAUACGUUAUGGACCAUGUUAGCGGUCUAGGAUUCGACUGCAGCUACUUCUUCUUUCGUGCCGGGGAUAAGUCAUGCUCAUCGCCGACAGGAUGCUUAUUGUCUCUGGCAUGGCAAAUGGCCGAGACAAAUGUCUUUAUUCGGGACAUCUUUCUCGAGAUGCACGCUUCCGAGAUUCAAUUCGACCGGGAGAACUUCCAGUCCAUAUGGAGGACUUUGUUUGUCAGCGGUAUUCUUCAGACAAAGCGGGUCAAACCUCACUUUUGGGUCAUCGACGGUUUAGACGAAUGCUCCAACUAUAGCGAGAUGUUUCCACUCCUUGCCAAGAUCAGCUCAGCCUUUUCUCUGCAAAUAUUUAUUUCUUCAAGACCAAGCCCUGAUGUCUAUGGCUGUUUACAAUCUAACGGUCUGAAUGCAACCGUCUACAAUAUGACGCCGAAGGAGACAUCUCGGGAUAUCAAAUUUUAUGUCGAAAACAACUUUGACUUCCCGAGCUUGCAAAAACUGUCGGAAAGAGAGAAACUUAUAUCAACUAUUCUGAAAAAAUCAGAAGGAUGCUUCCUCUGGGUCAAGCUCGUACUCAAGGAGUUAAGAAGCGCCUUUAGCGAAGAAGCCACAUGGAAGGUACUCGACGACAUACCAAAGGGUAUGGACCAGAUAUAUCUGCGGAGCUUAGAGCCACUUGCUGGGAAGGAAAUGAGAAAACGAUGGGCCAAAGCCAUCCUAAUGUGGGCGAGUACAUCUGUGCGACCACUAGACACUAUGGAACUCAAGGCUGCUUUGCGCAUUCAUAUUAAUGAAACAUUCAACAACCUCCAGAGGCAUAUCAGCUGGCUUUGUGGCUAUCUUGUGACUGUCGAUGCCAACUCUGUCAUUAAAAUGGUACAUGAGACCGCACGCAGCUUCGUCCUCAAUUUAGAGAACGGUUCAGCUAUUGCAUUCAAUGCAGCAGAAGCACACAAGGCUCUAGCUAUUGUAUGUCUGAAAUACCUCAACGACAAAGAGCUUAAGGCACCCCGUGCUCGACGGUCAAGUGUUUUUCAAGGCCAAAAGAUUUCUCGGUCACCCUUUUUCAAGUACGCUUCCAUCGCUUGGUAUGAGCACAUAGAGAAAUCGCUGAGCACCAGCGAGGAGAUGAUAGACCUCGUCUACGAAUUUUGCGCUUCUUCAACAGGCAAUAUUCUUACGUGGAUUGAGCAUAUCGCCUCAACGAACAGAGAUCUCACAGUCGUGACUCGUGCUGGCGUGUUGAUGAGAAAUUUCGCAAUACGAAUAGGAAAAGACCGCCUGAGACGAACAGAGAAACUAGAUCUGAUAAACGCCUGGAGAAGCCGCGCAGUAUCUGUUGCCGCUACUGGAAACUAUUUUGCGGUGGGAAUGUCUACCCCCUUUGUUCGCCUGUACCACGCCAACACCUGCCAUGAGUUUGCUGUCCUUCGCCAUGGAGAGGCUGUGAAAUUCAUUGAAUUUAGCUUGACUGGCCACUUGUUGGCAACAGGUGGUAAUAAACGGCUUUGUGUAUGGGAUGCUGCAACGAAGGAAUUGAUCUGGAAGUACAACCUUCCCAGACCCUGUAUCGCUAUUAUGUUCAAUUCAGAGAACAAUGAACUUAUAGUGGCAUGUCAAGACAAUCAACUUCGCUACUUCAACAUCGAAUUCGGCCAGCUUAGGGAUGAAGUUUCGUGGUUCAUGGAUGAAAAUCAUGCUCAUGAUAUUUCAGCAGUACCAGUCACAGCUGCAAUGUCAUUCCAGCAUAAACUUCUCGCCUUCGUGUACCGAGGAAGUCAUAUAUGUCUAUGGAACUGGGAGACAGACGAGUUUCUUGGCUUUUGUGAGAAGCCGGAUGCAAGAAACAAACGCUGUCCUUUCCACGCCACUUCAUUGGCGUUUAGUCCAGUCCCGAACUCCAAUUCACUUGCAGCGGCGUAUGAACAAGGCGAGAUUAUCGUGUUUGACCCCAUUAAAUGCAAAAUUAAAGCGAGCUACAAAGGAGAUACUGACAAUCAGGAACUUGCAUGUUCACCAGAUGGAAGGACCCUCAUCUCAGGGGACUCAGUAGGCAUGAUUAGGGUCUUCGACUUUCAAAACGCUAAUGAAUCGGACGGAAAAUUGAGACUCCUUUAUAUUAUCUCCGGGUUAGAGGAAAACAUAUCGGGCUUAUCAUUCUGCGAUGACAAACGCUUUGUCGACAUUCGAGGCCCCAAAGUUAAGGUGUGGGAGCCGACAAUACUGGUCCGGCCAGAAUCUGGAAGCGACGUGGAUUCUAUCGCGUCAGAGAGUGUUUCAACUCAAGGGCUCGUUGCAGAGGAAACUGAUCCGAUUACCUCCCUGGCAGUCCACCCAGAUGGUAAACACGUCUUUUGCUCUACCCAGAACGGAUUGAUCAACAUCUAUGAGAUUGACACUGGUACACGUACCCAGACAAUUCAAGACCAUUUCCAUGGCGACACUAUCAUCCAAAUGACCUUCGAUAAGACAGAUAACAUACUUGCAAUUGGUGGCGUAUCGAGUAAAGUAAUCGUUUAUCGUCUGUCUCUCAGACAGCAAGAAUGGUUCAUUGAAGAGAAAAUCUUCGAAUACUUUAUGGACGAGAGAAUUGAGCAACUACUAUUCAACCAGAGAGGAACCAGGAUACUGGUUGUGACCACAGCCUGUGACAUCGUUUACUCUUUAGAAGACAAGUCAAUGGCAUCUUCUUCGUGGGAGACGAGGCUUCCAGGCGUCUGGUGCAAUGACCCACGCGAUCCAGAAAGACUUCUUCUUGUGGUCAAUCAGAAGCUUAGUGUCUUCCUGUGGGAUGGAUUAAAAGAAAUCACCAACUCCAGCGGAAUCAUCCUAAACUUCGACCUUCCUCCAGACUUCGGGAUCCAGAAUGUCCAUUCCGGCUGGAAGGAUAAUUUCAUCGCAACCGUCUAUUCCGAAGUUGACCGAUCACGGUCAAGUCUCCAACUUUUCCUUUGGGACUUGGAUGAGUUGAAGACAGUCGAGGAGCACAAAGACGAGACUUCGAAUUCUGCGCAGAUCUCUCCAAGUCACACCUUACAAUCUUACGGUACCAAGAUAGCCGAGCUGGUGGGUACCCUGGGUAUGAUAAUUGGCUUCUUUGGCAAUCGUGUCUUAUUUCUGGACCAGGAUGGCUGGAUAUGUUCAAUAUUUCUUGAAGAUACAGCCCCAGAGUCCUAUUACCGACAUUUCUUCUUUCCUUUCGAUUGGCUCAGCACUGACGGCGCUAUUCUGACAUUUACUACGAGGAGCGAGAUCUUACUGGCGAAGGAGGGUGAUCUUGCUAUCAUUAAACGAGGGUUGGAAUUCUCCCAGAUGGUCCCGUUACUGGCACAUUCAGGAAAGUCAUCUCCAGGUCCAUGA